CGCAAAACCGGUAGGCGAUUACGCACGGGGCAUUAAAGCAGCUCGCUUUUAAAUCGCGAUUUUUCGAUUUCGCCCGCCCGCCCACCGCUCCGCGAUUCAGAACCAGGUUCUAAACCACAAUUCCUGCUGCCACAGAGGGGCCCGACGAGAGACGAGGAGUAACGCGCAGCCUAAGAGGGGUGACUGCAGCACAAUGGCAGGUUUCCGUCACUGUCUCGUCAUUCCGUGCCUGUUGAGCAUCCUCUCCGUGCUCUACGUCUACAUCAAGCAGCCAGACUUUGUGCACGUCACCAUUUACUCGAGAGGGGCGCUGCGCGCUCGCGAUCAAGGCCAGCAGCUGAAGCCACCCACGUCGCUCCCUCCACGGGUCACCGAUGAACCCACGACACCGCCCGCCUCGUCCACGCCACUCGGCACCACCGCGCCCGCCGGCUGGACCUGCCCCGGGCCCGUGACUGUAACGAACAGCAAGAACGAGAGCACCGUCUUGAACCUGUGUGACCAUCACCUGCCCGUAUUCCUAAACCCGUACAAUCUGUCAAGCGCCAAAUACAACCAGUUUGAAAACAUCUCGUAUAAUCUGCCAUUCGGAAUAUACAACGUUGAAAAGAAAGUGAAGUUGGUCUUGGAUUUAACGAAGAACUACAGCUUACCAGCGCAAUUACAGAGGUUCUCCAACAGGUCCUGUGUGGUGGUUGGAAAUAGCUUCAUCCUCAAAGGGCGCAGAAUUGGUAGCAUCAUCGAUUCGUACAACACAGUAAUAAGGAUUAACGACGCGCCGACGAAAGGCUACGAGGAGGACGUGGGGAGCCGCUGUACGCUGCGUGUUGUAUACCCCAUGACGGCUACGAAGGAUCAGCAAGCGCGCGACCAGAACGACACCAUAGCCCUCUUCGUGCCCUUCAAGGCGGCCGACAUCGAUUGGAUUCUCAGAGUUGUGCGGGGUGUUGUCGUGCCGAUGAAGACCGGCGCGUUCCAGUGGGACGUUCCUCCCCAUAACGUGCGCAUCCUCAACCCCGUGUUCAUGCGCGUCGCCUCCCUCGAGCUGCUCAACAACCUCAUCCCCACGCGCGCGAGACGCGCUCCGAUUCCCACCACGGGGUUCCUGACGGUCACCGCAGCCCUUCACAUGUGCAGGGAGGUGCACAUCGCCGGCUUCGGGUACCCAAAGGCAACGAAGAAUGUUGGCAACCAACUGGUGCACUACUACGGCGAGGGGCGCAUGCGGCAGAUCACGCGGGCGAGAAAUCACGACGUCAAUCCAGAAGGUUUUGUUCUCCGGAACAUGAUAGCGAGCGGGCUGAUUCAAAACCUCACCCCAUCGUAACAGCCGGAGGUGACUCGCCCCGUUACGGGACCAUUGCAAUCGGUGGUCACGUUCACAGCGCCAGUUUCCCCCGCACCUCUUCCUCUGCAUCCGUCACCGCGAGACUCAUUUUGCACACGACAAAGUGCUUGCCACACAAAUGAACCGCAAUGCUUUGCCGAUCUCGUGAAGGGGCAUCAACCACCAUCACGCCGAACUCCGCUCAUCGUCUGAGCAGCGGCGGCUUUUGGCUGCUGGCCAUCGAACAAAGACGGUCACCGCAUCGCGCGGCGCUCUCAGAUGCGCUUCUGCGGCCGUCUGGAACGCUCUUCCCUUACGAUAAUGGGAAGCCACUGGAGCUAUGCACUUUUAAAUCAUCUAGAUAACUCAUUUAUUUUUUAACUACUUUUGGUGUUUAGUUUGUUCUUCCCCCACACGUGUGAUGAGCAUGGUUGGCUACAUACGCGGUGCGAAAGAAUUUCCACGUACAUAAGCACAUCACAACCCUGCCCUUUGCACGUUAGACCAACCAUGCCAAUCACACACGGCUUGUAACAGACCAUUCAUGCAAAUGGUCUCCUACGAGAGGGGGUUAGAGUGAGAUAUUUAAGAUAAGAUAUGGGGGGAAAAGUAUCCUUUUUUGGGUUUGGCACUUUUAGCGUCAAGCAUCGCUAUUAUUAUUUAUAUGGAACGAUUGUUGAACCGAGGGAAGUUAUGCACAGACAGAAAGCAAAUUUUGUCUUAUUUAAAAAAAUAAAAUGUCCUUUUUUUCUCCUCUGUG